AUGUCAAACGUCCUCAUCCGCACCCUCCCCUUCUCCUCCCGCUUCACCAUCGGGAGCGGCAAGGAGCUCGUCGCCCGUGAUUACGACCGCGCCCAGAAGCUCUUGCAGGGCCUCCACCCCCACGGCCCUGCCGCAGCACACGAGGCCCGCCGUCGCCGUGAUCACCACCACCAUCACAAGCACCAAGAGGGCGCCGUCCACGAGGCUCCCGGCUCUAGUGGCGGCGGUUCCGGCGCCGGUUCGACGACGGGCAGCACCACUAAUAGCGGUAGUGGCGCCGGCGUGGACGUCACGGACGCGAGCGUGAACUACAAUGCCUCCGUCGGCGUCGGCUCCCCCGCAACGACGUACACGCUUCUCAUCGACACCGGCAGCUCCAACACCUGGGUUGGCGCCGGCCAGAAGUAUGUGCAGACGAGCACCAGCCAAAGCACGGGAGACUCUGUCAGCGUCAGUUAUGGUUCCGGCUCGUUUUCCGGUACCGAGUACGUCGACACCGUAACCAUCUCCCCGAGCCUGGUCAUCGCGCAGCAGAGCAUCGGCGUCGCGUCCACCGCACAGGGCUUCUCGGGCGUCGAUGGUAUCCUCGGCAUUGGCCCCGUCGACCUCACGAGCGGCACCGUCUCCAACACGGACACCGUGCCGACCGUCACGGACAACCUCUUCGCGCAGGGUACGAUCACGGAAGAUUCUAUUGGCAUCUCGUUCGAGCCCACUACCAGCGACGGCCAGAGCAACGGCGAGCUGACGUUCGGCGGGUCAGAUAGCACCCGGUACACGGGCACGAUCACGUACACGCCGAUUACUACGACGUCGCCAGCGUCCAAUUACUGGGGUAUCAACCAGGACGUCACGUACGGUCAGGGCGGCACGACGCUCUUGUCCGGAGCCCCGGGCAUCGUCGAUACCGGCACAACCCUACUCAUGCUCGCCUCGGACGCGUUCAACGCGUACCAGCAGGCGACCGGCGCCACCAUGGACAACACGACGGGUCUGCUGACGAUCACGCAGGAGCAGUACGCGAACCUGCAGUCACUCUUCUUCACGGUCGGCGGUACGACGUUCGAGUUGACGGCCAACGCACAGAUCUGGCCGCGCUCGCUCAACACCACGCUCGGCGGGAACGCGGACCAGAUCUACCUUGUCGCCAGCAGCACCGGCACUGCCAGCGGGUCCGGACUCGACUUUAUUAAUGGAUUUGCAUUCCUCCAGCGCUUCUAUAGCGUGUUCGACACGGGCAACUCUCAGGUGGGCCUUGCGACCACGCCGUACACGGAUGCCACCACCAACUGA